AUGGUGGCGGCGCGGCAGCAGCGGCGGCGGCGGCGCUGGGGGGUGCUGGUGCUGCUGGCGGCAUACGUGGGCUACCUGGGGCUGGGCGCCGUCGUGCUGCAGGCGCUGGAGCGGCCGGCCGAGGUGCAGGCGGCCCAGAACCUCCUCCGGGAGCACUGGGAGCUGCUGGCCAACCACACCUGCCUGCAGGGGCCCGCCCUGCAGCGGCUCAUCGAGGGUAUCAUCCAAGCCUACAAGAGUGGCAUAACCCUCCAGGGAAACACCACUAGCCUGGGCAGGUGGGACUACAGUGGGUCUUUCUUCUUCUCCAUAUCUGCAAUAACAACCAUUGGCUAUGGGAACCUGAGCCCCAGCACUGCAGUUGGUCGAAUCUUCUGCAUCGUGUUUGCACUUUUUGGGAUCCCCUUGAACCUUGUAGUCCUGAACGAAAUUGGGCACCUGAUGCUGCUUGGGGUUCAGCAUUGUGCCUGUCGCCUAGAGGAGGUGUUUCACUGGCAGAAUAAAGCUUCCUUCCUGAUGAAGACCUGUGCACUGGUAACUGGCUUGUUAUUGUUCCUCCUGCUACCUCCCUUGUUAUUCUCUGACAAAGAAGGCUGGUCUUAUGAAGAAGGCUUCUACUAUUCCUUCAUUACCCUCAACACUAUAGGGUUUGGAGACUAUGUGAUUGGGAUGAACCCAGAUCGCACCUAUCCAAGCUGGUACAAGAAUGUAGUCUCUCUAUGGAUCCUCUUUGGGAUGGCCUGGCUAGCACUGGUUAUCAAAUUUUGCAUCAACAUUCUAGAGAGCUCCAGUUACUUCUGUCAAUGCAACAAGAAGAGCACAGAGAUGGCUGAAGAUUUAAUUGAUGGUAACAAAAAUAGCGUGACUGGACUUCAGAAUGCGGAGAUCUGCUGUGACAAAGACACAAAAAUGAAAGGACCAGUUGAAUCUCACUCUUACACAGCUCCUACAGAAGCCCUCUAGGGAGGAAAAAUAUUCUCUGUGUCCUGCAGGUUUUAGUGCACCAGAGAUGAGCCAUUUAGAAAUGUGUACAUGGAGCUGCUCUGACCUGUGAAUGGGGUGAAAGUUUGCUUAUUGAGCUUGAAAUGCUUUUAUUUUGAAUUGAGGAAUGACAGAAUAUUUCAGUUCCAGCACCACCAAGUACUACCAACAGGACUCUUAGCCAAAAGUAGAUUUGUGGAAGUGUUACCUGCGCUCCUACCUCAAUCUGUGAGGUAAUCUUUGACAUCCCUGAGCAGCACUAGCUGCUGUGCAUUUCUUUACAUGAUUCUUGCAGUCUCUAGUUAUACCUAUGGCACUUUGCAAAUGCCACAGCCAUAAAAGCAAGUGCCAUUUAAUGCAGGAAACAAAUGGCAUAUUGCCAAAAAAAAUGAAAAGCACUGUUUAAAGCUAUCUAGCAGUCAUGGCAGAUGUGCACCAUCACCUAUAUACUUGUGCUUGAGAAAGGUGGUAACAAGGUUUUGCUCUCUGAUCGUUCAUAUGGGGAUGGCAAUGAGGAAGAGCUCGUAGAGGUGCCUGAUAGAAACAGAUCAUUCAAUUUUUUAAAAAGUAAUUUCUACAUCAGAAGUCUGCUAACAGAAAGAGACUGGGUAUGCUAUUCCUUACUUCAGAACUUAUGUGGAUUCAUUCUUGGAAAUAUUUUGCAGACCAAAUGUCAUCAGCUCAAUGCGACAGUUCAUUUAGAUAAAUUUGUAUUUUGUCACAUCUUGGAAGUCAGAAAAGGAGGACUAGAAGCAAUUUUAAAAGUCAGUGGUUCCAACAUUUUCCUAUUACCAAUAUUAACAAGGACUACUUCAGUCUAGAAACAGACUGAAUUUUCUUCAACUAUGAUCGAGAGAUGCUAUUGUGAUGAACUUCUCAUGUCAUGAAUGAUUAGUG